ACCUGCUCCCCUUCCGCUCCCCUUUUAACCCCUCUCUAGUGCGCCCCAGAAACCCUAGACGCGCCCUUCUCCUCCCUCGCGCCGCCAUCUCUUUUUCCCCUUUGAAUUUUGCUUCUCUGUGAACACCACCGUAUGUAUCCGCCUCAACCUCACCAUGGCGUCGCUGCUCCCGGCCGCCCCUCGACGAGCUGAGGCCAUCUCCAGAACCGCCUCGACAUCCUCGUCAUCCUCCUCCAAGGAAUCAAGCCGGGGCUCUCCCAAUCGUUCCCAAAUUCGCCAAUUCCUUCUCCAGGUCCGGCGAGAAAAUCACCGAUUUCGGCGCUGUCCGUCCUCCUCCGGCCCGGACGUGGCCUGCAACAUGUUCCUGAUGCUCAUCGUCAGGCUUUCCUCCGGCGGUUCCCCGACGCCAAGACCUCCACCAACGAACUCCCCUUGGUCUUCCACUUCGAACGCGCAGACUCCCGCAUCCAGGCGCGCGCUCCGCUGCCAGAUCGAGGAUCGAUCUUCAACAUGGUUGCCACCGUCAAGUCCGGCCUGCACUACUUCAUCUCGUCGCGUGUCUGCUACUGUUCACCAAUCCUCUACCAGCCAACUGAUCCAGUGCUGGGCCUUGGCCCAGGUUUCCUUCCCGGCGUCAGUCCUCUAUCCUGCGCCACCAGCAGCCUAGAUCCGGCCCAGAAAACAGCGCAGCAUUUGCUUCUUCCCGGAUAGGAUCGCGAAGUGGUGUGGUGAGAUACGACAAGUUCUCCGGAUGUCUCUCGGCAAGCUUUAACAGGCAAGCAUUUCCCUUAUACUCCUGCCCAUGUAGAAGUCGCUUAUCUAUUUUAUUUUGCCUUCUCCCUCAUGCUAUCGUUGAGUUGCGUUCUUGUCACGUGUCCCUUCCACUUGUUACUUCAAGCAGCCUAUAUUGCCUCCACCAACCACCUACAGCUAUUGUUUGGUUAUCGGGUCUGCCUUGCGAGUCGUAGUGCAUGCUAGUGUUGUUUAUAUCUCGUUACCGUUAUCGUUAUCUUAUCGGGUUAUCAGUUUGGGAAUCAUGACACAUGGUUUAUGGAUAUAUCUGUUGAGGAUAUCAUGGUUACUUGUUAAUAGUUGUUAGCGGAGGCAUCGGUGGGUCAGCUGAUCGUUUUGUGACGGCCCACUUGUGUUUCCUAAAUAUCUAGGACCCCGAGUUCUUGUUAUCUGUUCCGAGACUGAGCGCUCUAACCACACGUGGGUAUGU